CAAUGCACUGCAUUGAAGUCCCCGUUAAAGCACGGGAUACCACCCCUUUAUGUAAAUGCAGAGAGAAUUGAGAAGUAAAUACCGGGUGUACAAAUAAUAGCAGAAGCCAGCAUUUGGAUCUUCCUCAGUGUAGAUUUGUCCAAUUUUUAAGAAAUUCCCACUACCUACUUCGGCAAAAAAAAAAAAAAAAGAGCUGAAGAGAAGAAAUGUUUGCCGCAGAAAAUGGUUUAAGAGGAGACCCAAGAUUGAAGGGUAUUUCUGAUGCAAUUACAGUUGUUCCCCACUUCCCAAAACCAGGAAUAAUGUUCCAGGAUAUAACAACUUUGGUGUCGAAUCCCAAAGCCUUCAAGGACACUAUUGACAUCUUCGUUGAUCGUUACAGGGAUAUGGAUAUCUCUGUUGUUGCUGGAGUUGAAGCUAGAGGGUUUAUGUUUGCUCCUGCAAUUGCAUUGGCAAUUGGUGCAAAAUUCAUUCCUUUACGUAAACCUGGAAAGCUACCAGGUGAAGUUAUUUCUGAAGCUUACGAGCUUGAAUAUGGUAAAGAUCGUUUGGAGAUGCAUGUUGGGGCUGUUCAGCAUGGAGAACGAGCAUUAAUAAUUGAUGAUUUAGUGGCCACAGGAGGAACACUGUCUGCAGCCACAAGGCUUUUAGAACGAGUUGGUGCUGUGGUCGUUGAAUGUGCAUGUGUUAUUGGAUUGCCAGAGGUCAAGGGAAGGUGCAGAUUGGAUGGGAAACCACUAUACAUGUUGGUGGAACCUCGGAAAAUAGAAAAUUACACUCUGCUGCAGCAGCGUUGUUUCGUGGAUUCUGGUUAAUUAGAUGGCGAAAUUGCUCUUACCAUCAAACAUCCCAAGCAAUAUGAGUUGGUGUAAAUCUCGAAGCAUGAAAGCUUACCUACCGUGCAUAUUUCCCCUGCAACUGAACAGAAGUUACGCGGCCCCAUACGUUGUAGCUGGCUCAGUGGAAAUAAGGUGUUGGCCCUUAGGUUUCCUUUCUGUAUCUUCUCAUUCCUUUGGAUUAGUUUUGUAGAAUAUUUGAUGUGCAACCCAAUUCAAGUUUCCUGUGUGUUUAUCAUUUUUA